AUGAUGAUGAUGACGACAAUGCGAGAUGGCCGGGUGGAGGUGACAUUGCUGACUGCCAGAGCCAAGGUGGCUUCGGUCAAGAAGCAAAGUGUGCCUUGCUUGGAACUAUGCGGAGCUGUUCUAGUGGCUCGCUUGCUGCACCGGGUGGCUCAUGACCUGGAUUUGGAGGACGUGCCUGUCGUUGCCUGGACAGAUGCUAGGGUCGUCCUUUGUUGGCUGCGUUCCCAUGCGUCGCGCUGGCGACCGUUUGUGGCGCAUCGAGUGGCAGAGGUACAGAGUCUGGUACCGGGCGAACGGUGGAGACAUGUUCCGACUGCAUCAAACCCGGCUGACGUGGCAACCAGGGGGAUUCCGGUCUCGGAGCUUCUUGGUUUAGACUUGUGGUGGAGAGGCCCCGUCUGGCUUCGGGGACCAACCACCGCGUGGCCUGUGGUGGGUGACCUCGGUGCCCAUCACGAGGAAGAAGAAAAAAGGGCGGUGCACCUGGCCGUCCCAGAGAAUCCGGAGGAUCUCUUUGAAGGGAGAUUCUCCACUUUGACGCGGUUUGUACGCGUAGUAGUCUACUGUUACAGGUUCUAUCACAAGGCUCGAGGUAUGAGGGACCAAAGCGAUUUCCUGUCCGGCGCCGAGUUGGAGGUGGCUCUAUCUGUGAUGGUGAGGCGGACGCAGCGAAGGGAGUUUCCAGGAGAGCUGGGAGCGCUUACGGCGGGCGGCCUAUUGCCCGGUGGCUCGUCUCUGCGAGCAUUAAGCCCGUUCUUGGACGAGGAUGGGUCCUUACGAGUGGGCGGUCGACUUCAAUCGGCUCACCUGCCCUUCUCAGAAAAGCACCCGAAUACUGCCGAAAGAGGGUUACUUUACCGAGCUGGUCCUUCGCGACGCGCAUACGGCGACCCUGCAUGGAGGCCCUCAACUCAUGCGGAGCUAUCUUCUCCGUCGCUUCUGGGUCGUGGGGGUGGCCACUCGGGUCCAAAGGAUCGCCCGGGACUGCGUGCGCUGUGCCCGCUUCCGCGCGGAACUAGCGCAACAAAAGAUGGGUCAGCUGCCGCCGGAGCGCCAACCAGGGCCGUGCAUCUGGAGGCCGUAUCGGACCUGUCGACACCGGCGUUUAUUGCAGCAUUCCGCCGAUUCAUUGCCCGUCGAGGUCGUUGCCGUCUGCUGCUCAGCGACAACGCGACUAAUUUCCGGGGAGCUGACGCCGAAUUGAGAGCCAGAUUCCGUGCCGCCUCCGACUUCUACAAGAGGCCGGAGAAGCUCCUCACUUGGAGGCCUCUGGGAAGCAGGGAUCCGUUUGGUCAAGCAUCAUCUGCGCCGCAUUCUCGGGACCAUGCCUUGACCUACGAGGAACUAUUGACGCUGCUAUGCCAGAUUGAGGCCUGCCUUAAUUCGAGACCGCUGAGUCCGUUAAGCGCAGACGCCACGGAUCUGGUGGCGCUAACGCCUGGUCACUUCCUCGUGGGCGAAGCACUCGGCACUAUACCGGAGGUCCCGGUGUCCGAUCUCCAUCCAACAUCGCGCUGGCGGUUGAUCUCCGCAAUCAAGGAGUCCUUUUGGAACGAUGGCACGAAGAGUACCUGCAUCAAUUGCAGCAACGCUCCAAAUGGACCCGAGAGCGGACCAACCUUACGCCGGGCAUGCUGGUCUUGGUGA